UCUAACGCCCUACAACAGCAGUUAUUUUACCACAGCCAACAUAAAUCUUUCACCACAUCCUGUUCAGAGUUGGUCUCAGCUAUAGAAAAUGAAGGAUUUUUUAAAAUAUUAUCUAUUGUUUCUGGAGGUCCUCGUGUCUUAAACACACAGCUCUGCUGGCAAAUGUUCUGAUUCUGAUUUCCCAGAGUGCAUACCUGUGGCUCUCUCUGUACUCCAGCAACUGACAUUUCUCACUGAGUGCUAAAUUAAUCUUAAGUAAAUAUGUUUAAGUGUCAAAAGAAAGGGGGAAAGUUUUUUGUAUGUCAUUAGGUGACAGAUGUCAUUGCUUCCGUCUAAUUUCACACUUUCUAAUUUUUGAUGUGGUGUGAACUAUGGUGCUUCUGUUGCCCAGUGUGGUUCUGCCGCAAAGUGGACUUUAAGUUGAUCUUGUUUUCAGAUUGUGUGAGGCAUGACAGUAGCAUGACAAUGGCAGGUUCUGUUGACUCCAUUAAAAUAAUGUGCACUGCAGGGGUAUUCUGAAUAAGUGGGCUAAAGACUGCAGUGAAUAACAUCAUUUACAAACUAGCAAACAACCUUUAAAGGAAGUACGGUUAAUCAUGUGUUGUAUCUAUGUCCCCAAUUUUUAGAUUGGUAGUACAGGUCUAAAUUUCUCAUAUGGUUGUCAUGUCCUGUGGGUAUCUUUUUCACUUCCUUAUUUGCACACAGUUCAGUUGCAGGUCUUUUUCCUUAUCUUGCGUAAAAUGAAACCCUGUAAUUUCAGGUUUGUUUCUCAAUCCUGCUUUCUGUUAUUUUUCAUAAUUACCCAUUUCACAAUAUUCAAUAGGAAAAUGAAACACAUUCUAUAUAUGAGUGAGACAAGCCACUUUUUUGGAACCGCAAAUGACUUUUUUUCCAUGACUGAAUAACUGAAUUUCAAUCCAAUAAAUACAAUUUUAAUCAUCAAAUAGAAUAUUUUAUAUGCUCAUAAUUAAGGUGCAUCCUCUGAAUGUAUGUAUCUUAAGUCUUCUGGCUUUGGCUAAAGCAGCUCUGAUUAUUUUUUUCUUUUUUUUGAUCAUAUAGAAAUACAAAACGGAAGCUUACACAGCAUUUUCUUGAGUUGUGGCUCAGCAGAAACAUGUCAUGGUCUGAGUAAAUGGUAGUGAGGAGUCUUUAAAGUGGCACAGACUGAGUUGGAAUAACUGAUGACUGUGCUCAGCCCAAUGAAGAAGCCUCUCCUCUACAUUCUCUGUGUUUUAUCACUGGAUCUUCUCAAUGAAUGGCUGAGAGAAUUCCAGACCCUACCAACCAUAAAUCCCUCCACCUUCAACAUCAGGAACAGCAGUAGAAACUUAACCAUCCUGCUGUGGCACUGGCCCUUUGGCAGACCAUUAAGCCUGAGAGAUGACAUGUGCUGGGACCUCUACCGCAUCCCUUGCUGCAGAGUGGUGGACCAACGCUCCCUGUUCCCUUCUGCUGAUGUGGUGGUAUUUCACAACAAAGAGCUUGUACAGGGAAAUCAAAAGCUGCCCCUUGACCUUCCACGGCCACACGGUCAAAGGUGGGCCUGGAUGUCCCUGGAGGGUCCUGUUUCUAAUGGAAAUUUGCAGCAGUUUGCAAACAUCUUCAACCUGACCAUAACCUACAGGAGGGAUGCCGAUAUUACUGUACCUUAUGGAGAGUUGCUACCAAAGGAAGAACAUCUGGUGGAAGAUGUCCCCCUGAAUAAGAGCUUUCUGGUCUGUUGGGUGGUUAGCAACUACAGGAGGCAGCACAAGAGAAGCCAAGUGUACAGAGAGCUCAGGGCCAGAAUUCCUGUGAAGGUUUAUGGUCAUUGGACAAAGACACGUCUCAACUCUAGAGCUCUCUUACCUACAAUCUCUCACUGCUACUUUUAUUUGGCUUUUGAGAACUCCAUUGCCAAAGAUUACAUCACAGAAAAGCUGUGGAGGAAUGCUUACCAAGGGGGUGCAGUUCCUGUUGCUCUGGGACCAUCCUUAGGUGAUUACAAAGCUGUGGCUCCCCCUAAUUCUUUCAUCCAUGUUGAUGAGUUUGCAUCAGUAAAAGACUUGGCAAACUAUCUUCAGCAGCUGGCACAGGACAAGGAACGCUACAGUGAAUACUUUACAUGGAAACGUCAAUGGAAAGUGAAGCUGUAUACAGACUGGAGGGAGAGACUAUGCAAGAUCUGCACACAGUACAACAGUUUACCUCAGCAGAAAGUUUACUCAGACCUAGAGGCCUGGGUCAAUACUUUUAAUACUUGAACAUGCAUACUAGUAGUUAACCAAUAAUUUGCAGAUUUAAAAUAUGGGUCCAAUCGCUGCAACUGCAGUGUCAGUGCUGAAUAUAAUGAAACAACAGCUGAACAUUCUGUAAGCAUUUUAAGGUUUUCAGAGUGCUAUGUGAUGAAUUAUUUCAUUUCAAAAGGCCUAUUUUUGGUUUGGUGUCAUUUUCCUGCAAUGUAUUUGAUUGAAGAUGUCCCAAUAAAAACAACUGAUCCCUUAAGAAAUAAAUUGUACUGGGCUCUCACUGCAGGGAACACCAGAAACUACUUGUUAUCUAGAGCAGGUUCAACUUCCUCAAAUACGCAG